GAUGCACCUAUUUGGGUAGAUCAAUGGCCCCUACCGCUGGAAAAGCUUCGCGCCCUCCAAGAAUUAGUUACGGAACAGUUAACGAAAGGACAUAUUGUGCCUUCUACUAGUCCCUGGAAUUCACCUGUUUUUGUCAUUAAAAAACAGACUGGCAAGUGGCGCCUGCUCCAUGACCUCAGGAAAAUUAAUGACGCUAUGGAAGAUAUGGGAGCCCUUCAACCAGGACUCCUGUCCCCCACUAUGAUUCCUCAAAAUUGGCAUUUGACUGUUAUCGAUCUUAAAGAUUGCUUUUUUAAUAUCCCACUGCAUCCAGACGAUGCUCCUAAAUUUGCUUUUUCAGUCCCAAGCGUCAACAUGCAAGCCCCGUUGCAGAGAUACCAGUGGGUUGUGCUGCCACAAGGAAUGAAGAACAGCCCUACAAUCUGUCAAUGAUAGGUAGCUAAGGUCCUUAGUCCAGUUAGGACCACAAUGCCCAGUGUUUUAUUAUACCAUUAUAUGGAUGACAUCCUAGUGGCCGCACAACAUCACGAAGUCAUGGAGGAAGCUGUAGCCCUUGUCACAGCUGCCGUUAGUUCUGCAGGUCUUUGUAUCGUGCUGGAAAAAAUUCAGAAAAUACCACCGUGGAAAUACCUAGGCUGGCGCAUAAGGGCUCAAACUAUAGUUCUCCAGCCCUUACAGAUACAGACAGACAUAAAAAAUUUGCAUGAUGUACAGAAAUUGUUGGGGACAAUCAAUUGGGUCCGACCACUGUUAGGAAUCUCUAAUGUGGACUUAGGUCCUUUAUUUGAAUUGCUUAAAGAGAAUACUGACUUGUGUUCCCCCCGUAGUCUUGGCCCUGAGGCCGUUGACUCUUUGCAAAAGGUUGCCACAGCAAUCACUCUCAGACAAGUACACCAGUGGGAUCCUGAAUUACCUUUUUAUUUAAUUAUCCUAAACCCCGCUCGACAGCCUCACGCGCUGAUAUUUCAAUGGGACGUUCAGAAACCGGAUCCACUGUUAAUUAUUGAAUGGUAUGGACGAUGGGACUCCGACAUAGAGACCGUUCCUGGCUUGCCCCAGAUAGUGGAACUAACGGCGGUUGUUCGGGUUUUUCGCAAGUGGUCUAUACCACUUAACCUUAUUACCGAUUCAGCUUCUGUUGCAGGGAUUGUUGAGCGGGCUGAAGCAUCUGUGUUACGCGAUGUCUCACAUUUUGAGCUAUUUGCCUUGUUACAAGAACUUAUCUUUCUCUUGGACACUCGCCCUCACCCCUACUUUGUUAUGCAUGUCAGAUCACACACCUCUUUACCUGGAUUUAUUGCAGAAGGAAAUCUGCUGACAUUACCAGUGCAAGUAUUGCCAGAUCGCAUAGCACAGGCUAAGCUGAGUCAUUCCUUUUUUCAUCAGAACGCUGGAGGUCUUAAACGACAAUUUGGACUAACCUCCCAACAAGCAGCAAAUAUAAUUGCUGUAUGUCCCGACUGUCAAAAACAUUCUUUCCCAUCGAUAACAGGAGGUGUUAAUCCCAGAGGAUUGCAGAGCUCACAGUUGUGGCAAACAGAUGUUACACACUGUCCCGAGUUUGAUAACAACCCUCCAAUAGUUCGACAUCGAGCUAUCGCCCCAGGUGGAUUCCGGCAAAGAGUGUACGACCUUUCCGUGAAUCCUUACCACAACUGUCCGGUGAAAACUCCGAUCGGCCACCAGACCAUCCUUUUGAACGAUAAGUCGAUGGAUCUCCUGAGGAGGACCAGGAUGGCAUGA